AUGAAUCCUCUGGAUCUUGCGCAUCAAGAAUAUAAUGAGUUUCAAGGAAGCAGAAAACGGAAGACGAACGUAUAUGAAUGUGACGAUAAUUUGGACGUUAGUUUGCGAAAGAGGGAGCGUUUCGACAUGACUAAACAAAUUACCGAGCUACAAUAUCAGUUGCUUAAAGCAGAAAAGGAGAAAGACCGAGUGGUGAAGAUACACAGUGAUUUGGUGAAGAAGUACCGUGCAUGCGUGACAGCACUCUCAGGUCUGCAGAUCAAAAUGAAAGGCGAUGAUACGGUGCAAGUGGAAAGUAUCUUCGAUCCUGGCAAUUAUUUCAUUUUCAGGGUUAAUGACAAUGGGAAAACGAUUAGCUUGCUAGAAACAGAUUAUGCAGUUCAGUGGACCGAACAAAUCCAAGAGUAUCUGCAGGGACGAAACUCAACCCCUGCAUUCUUAGCAGCCAUCACAUUAAUUCUGGACGAACGUGCUGGAAGCACUACAACCAUAUCAUUUUAUUCGUCCGAUUAG